CUUCAUUUCUUACAACAUUUUUGACGGACUCAUCAAUCUCUCACAUUAUCUUCUCAAAAUAUACAUAAUUACAUAUUCAUAAUUUCAUAUAGAUAUAUUACUAUUAUUUUUUUUAAUUUUAUAAUAGUAGUAAAAAUGGGGUUGCUUUAAUUCUUGGUUAAUGUGUAAUCUGCUUUUGAGCUCAGUAUCAUCAUCAGGUGUCUUUAUAUAUAUCAGAUCAAAUAAAUUAAAAAAAAAAAAAAAACAUUUUGAUUCAGACAUAUCAUUAAGAAAUGGCUGUGUUAGAAAAUGUUGAGGACACAACAAAAACAUCGUACGACGACAACAACAACACAACAACACCACCCAGAUCAAGCAAGAUGACGUCAUCGCCACAAACGCCGUUAAGAAACGGAAAUGUUGUUGUUGAUGAUGAAAAUGGAGAUGGGUCUAAGAAAGAAAUGAAAGAUUUGGAAGAAAUGUUGUCAAAACUGAAUCCAUGUGCUCAAGAAUUUGUGCCAACAUUUCAAAGGCCUUCUUCAUAUGUUGUUGGUGGUGUUGUCUCACAAUUUGGUUAUAGUGUUUUACUACAUGCCAAUGCUAGUCCUACUAGUAGAAAGAAGGGGAAUUUUGGGCAUGUGAAGAGAAGGGUGAAUAGCAGGACAAGCAUGGCACAAAGAGAUGAUGUGAUUAAAAGGACUGUUUAUGUGUCUGAUCUUGAUCAUCAGGUAACUGAAGAACAGCUUGCAGCUCUCUUUGUUAACUGUGGACAGGUUGUGGACUGUCGUGUAUGUGGUGAUCCUAAAUCGGUUCUUCAUUUUGCCUUUGUUGAGUUUACUAAUGAGGAAGGUGCAAGGAAUGCACUGAGUCUUGGUGGAACAAUGCUUGGGUACUACCCUGUAAGGGUGAUGCCUUCAAAAACUGCAAUUGCACCAGUAAAUCCAACUUUUUUGCCCCAGUCUCAAAAUGAAAGGGAAAUGUGUGCAAGAACCAUCUACUGCACAAACAUUGAUAAGAAGGUUACUCAUGCUGAUGUCAAACUUUUCUUUGAAACACUCUGUGGCGAGGUUUACCGUUUGAGGCUUCUUGGGGACUAUAAUCAUUUCACUCGUAUUGCUUUUGUUGAGUUCAUGAUGGCUGAGAGUGCGAUUGCAGCUCUAAAUUGCAGUGGUGCAGUGCUGGGCACGUUGCCAAUAAGGGUGAGCCCUUCAAAGACACCAGUUCGCCCACGGGCACCCCGUUCUACUAUGCACUGAAUUAGCUUGAGAUUUCUUUAGAUGGAUCCGCUCCUUUAUAUCUACUUAUACAUGCAUAGAUUCAGAGAAACUGUUGAAACACCUUUUGAUGACAUUCAUGUUUCUAGUUCCUGUCUAUUGCAUCGAGUCUAAGUAUAUGCUUUGUAGACUCGUGAAACUCUGUCAACCCUUUUAGUGAAUUGAACUUCAUUAUUUUGAAA